AUUUGAACUAUACGCGCUAAAUUGCACCGAGGGUAUCGUACCAGAGACAUGUGGUAAAAAUGGCAAAUGCAGCGGCACUAAAAGUACUUGUUAGUGGAGAUGUGGAUGGAAACUUUGAUCAGCUUUUCUCCAGGAUAAGAAGCAUCCAAAAAAAAAGUGGAAGUUUUGAUCUUCUGUUAUGUGUAGGGAAUUUCUUUGGCAAAGAUGAGAGCAACUGGAAGCCAUAUCUAGCUGGAGAGAAAAAAGUACCUAUAAGUACCCUGAUAUUGGGCCCUAACCAACAGGAACAUGUCAGGUUCUACCGUGGGAAGGAUGGUGCUGAGCUGUGUGACAAUGUUACUUACCUUGGCAAGAAAGGAAUGUUUACAGGAUCAUCAGGGUUACAACUUGCUUACCUUAGUGGUCUAGAGAGUUCCAGUGACAAGGGAGAUGAUACACAUUUUUGUAACAAAGAUAUCUCAUCUCUUACCCUACCAGUCAUAUCAGACUCCAAAUUUAAAGGAGUGGACAUCUUGAUGACAUCACAGUGGCCCAGAGCUGUUGACAAAUAUGGCAUAAAAAUGGAUUCAUUGGACACAUCAUCGUGUGGGUCUGAAUCUGUAUCACAAUUAGCUAUCCAUCUCAAACCACGCUAUCAUUUUGCUGGACUGGAAGGAGAAUUUUAUGAACGACAACCAUACAGAAAUCAUAAAGUUUUGGCAGAUAAGGAAAAACAUGUCACAAGAUUCAUAGGGUUGGCAAACACAAGUAACAAGGAAAAGAAAAAGUUUAUCUAUGCCUUCAACAUCACACCUCUUAGUGUCAUGGAAAUGUCAGAACUGACCAAACAGCCACCUGAUGUCACAGAAUGUCCGUAUAAACUGACUAUGUCCAAGCAAGCUCUACAGAAUCAGACUGAAGAAAAGUCUGCUCAGUUUUUCUACGAUAUGACAGAGAAAAAGAACUCUAGAAAGAGACAUCAUGAUGGUGGUGGUCCCGAGAGGAAGCACCAGAAAAAACAUCCUCAGCCCACUGGUCCGUGUUGGUUCUGUCUGGGCAGUCCGGAGGUGGAAAAACACCUUGUGGUCAGUGUUGGAGAUCAUAAUUACCUCGCACUGGCUAAAGGAGGAUUGGUAGAUGACCACAUAUUGAUACUGCCCAUUGGUCAUCACCAGUCCACUGUGCUAGCUCCGUCAGAGGUUGUAGAUGAGAUAGAUCGGUACAAGACCGCUCUAAAGAAAUGUUACAAAUCUAUGGGAAAAGCCGUAGUUUUCUUUGAGAGAAAUUACAGGACGCAGCACCUCCAGAUCCAGGUUGUACCUGUACCAAUGGAUUGUGUCUGUGAAAUUAAAGAGGCCUUCAUGGAUUGUUCCCAGUCAGAGGGAUUUGAACUGCACGAGAUCCCCAAACAUUCUGAUUUAAAACAGAUUGUACCACCCGGAGCUCCAUACUUUUAUGCAGAAUUGCCGUCAGGAGACAAACUUUUACAUAGGAUAUCAAAAAACUUUCCUCUCCAGUUUGGCAGGGAUGUGCUAGCAAGUCCUCAAAUACUAAACAUGACAGAGCGUGUGGAUUGGAAAGCAUGUAAAGUCAGCAAGGAGCGAGAAGCAGACCAAGCCUCAGACUUCAAAUCAGUCUUCUUAGAGUUUGACUUUAAUGAGCUGGAUUGAGAAUGUGUAUAGCUGAUGUGAUACCUGCUGUGGAACAGAAUAUACAAUGUGGACCGGGUGAUUGUACAGACAUAACACAGACAUCCUCAACUAGGCCAUGCUGUCUGAUUUCAGAAUCAAUCACUUGAGAUUCCAGUGAUUAAAGCGUACACAAAACACGUAAAACUAUCAUCGUAACCAUAGGCAGCUGAUUAUACAUUAAGUCUUGCUCCAAUAGUCCAAUUAAGAUGAUAAACAUUAGGCUGGCUGAUGUGUGCUUAAAGAUGCUGGUCUGAGGUAGUGUUUAUAGAGGGAGACUUGUGGAGUCUACCACAGACAAUUUUGCUUUCCGGAAUUCAUUCCAUUUGAGGAAGACAUUCAAUUUUAUUGAAUUAAAUUGACAUUAACAAGUAAAACAGAAAACAUUGAGUUUUUCAAAUUGUAGUCUUCUUCAAACGAAUUCUCGACCCACAGUUCAUAUGUAUGUAUUAUAAUGACACAGGGACUUGGCGUGGGUUCCAACCCAUGGACCUUAUAUAUGUAUUUUAUAGUGACACAUGGACUUGGCACAAAUUCCCGACCCUUGGUUCAUAUAUAUGUAUUAUAUAGUGACACAGGAACUUGGCACGAAUUCCCAACACAUAGUCCAUAUAUGUGUAUUAUAUAAAGACACAGGAACUUGGCACAAAUUCUCGACUCUUAGUCCAUAUAUAAGUAUUAUAGUGAUAAGAGUGUAACUCCUGAGGAGGGAAAGCUGAUAACUUAUUAGAAUUAUGGCUUUUGUUGAUAUUCUAAGGGACAUGGAUCAAAAUAAU